GAUGCACCGGGAGUAUAUGGGUCAUACUUCUCUGAUGACUCUUACAUAGCUCUACCCAGGCAGAUGUUCCCUCGCAGCCGACCAGAUGCACCAGAGACGAUCGAGUUGGAGAUCCGGACAACGUCUACAGAUGGCGUCAUUUUUUGGCAGGGAAUGGAGGUAAGAGAAGGCGGCCGGGAGAGGGACUUCAUCAGUCUUGGCCUGAAGGACGGUCACCUCCUCUUCAGUUACCAGCUGGGCAGCGGAGAAGCCAACAUUAUGACAGAAGAUCCCAUCAAUGAUGGUGAAUGGCACAAGAUCACCGCCAUCCGGGAAGGGAAGUCUGGAUCUAUACAGGUGGAUGGUGAGGACGUCGUCUCUGGAAGUUCACCCGGUAAAAACAUCAUGGUGGACACAAAGGGGAGCGUUUACAUUGGCGGGGUUCCCGACGUACAGCUGACAACGGCUGGAAAGUUCUCCAGUGGAAUCUCCGGCUGCAUCAAGAACCUGGUGAUCCUCAACGCCAGGCCCUCCGACCAGCUGCACCAGCCCAUCGACUUGAAGCACAACGCCGAGUCAGGUCAUAACACCAAAGAGUGCCCCUCGUAG